GGCGUCCUAAUGAGGCGGAGCCCUCCGCAACCUGCGCUUGUGGGUGUGCUUCCGAUACUGCGAGAGUUUUGAUGACACACUGAACUCAGCAACGCCAGAUUCCUCACACCGGGACAGGAGCCAUGGGGAAGACAGGUGGGAGAGCCGACUUUGAGUGGGUCUACACCGACCAGCCGCACACCGCCCGCAGGAAGGAAAUCCUGGCCAAAUAUCCAGAAAUAAAGACCCUGAUGGGUCCGGACCCCCAGCUGAAGUGGGUUGUGUCCGGCUUGGUCCUGACCCAACUCGUCGCCUGCUACCUGGUGCACGACCUCCCCUGGAAGUGGGUCUUCUUCUGGGCCUACGGCUUCGGCGGGUGCAUCAACCACUCGCUGACUCUGGCCAUUCACGACAUUUCUCACAACGUGGCCUUCGGGAACAAGCUUGCGAAGUGGAACCGCUGGUUCGCCAUGUGGGCCAACCUGCCCAUCGGGCUUCCCUACUCCGCCUCCUUCAAGAAGUACCACAUCGACCACCACCGGUACCUGGGCGGCGACCAGCUGGAUGUGGACAUCCCAACAGAGUGGGAGGGAUGGUUCUUCUGCACGCCGGCUAGGAAGGUCCUCUGGCUCUUUCUGCAGCCGUUUUUCUACGCCUUGAGGCCGUUGGUGGUCAACCCCAAACCGGUGGGUCCGAUGGAGAUCCAGAACACAGUGGUUCAGCUCCUAGCAGACGCAGUCAUCUUCUACUUCUGGGGGCUAAAGCCGAUUGUUUACCUCAUUGCUGGAUCCAUUUUGUGCCUGGGGAUCCAUCCGUUCUCUGGACACUUCAUAGCAGAGCAUUACAUGUUUCUGAAGGGACACGAGACGUAUUCGUACUACGGGCCGCUGAACUUCCUCACCUUCAAUGUUGGAUACCACAUGGAGCACCAUGACUUCCCCAGCAUACCUGGCAGUAAACUACCUCAGGUGAAAAAGAUCGCAGCAGAGUAUUACGACUCGCUGCCGCAGCACACUUCCUGGUUCCAGGUGCUGUGGGACUUUGUGUUCGACGAAAACAUCGGCCCUUACGCCAGAGUCAAACGGGAGUACAAGCUAAGCAAGUUGGAAUAGAUUUCUAGAAAUAUUUGUACAGAAAACUUAAAUAAAGCUGGUAUACUUGCACUGCAAAAACACAAAAUCUUAUAGAGCAUUUUAGUCUAGUUUUUAGUGCAAAUGUCUCAGUACAGUUCAAAUAAGAUAAAACUAACUUACAAGUAAC